AUGAGUACCGGCUUCGCUGCGUCAUUCUGGUCUAGCGACUAUGCCGGAGGCUUGGGUGUUCUUUUUGGAAAGCUCCAGCAGGGAGUCCAAGAGAACCAGCAGAUUCUGACCGUUGCCCGCAUGCGAGCCGAUGCCGAAGAGGUCUACGGAAACUCGCUGGCUGCCAUUACACCAGCCACUGAGCGCAUAGCCGGAGGCUUCAGUAGAGAUGAGGGCGCAAGUGUGCGAAAGGCCUACGAAGGCGUGCGCACCGAGAUGGAGGCAGCUGCCGCAAACCACAAGAAGAUUGCGUCCAACAUCCGAGAGCUGGUUGUGAAUCCCUUUGGCCGCUGGUGCGAGGCGCAUGCUGCCCGUGUCCAGAACUCCCAAGACGACCUACAAUCGCGCAUCAAGAUCCACGACCGCCAGGCCGAUGCCGUCCGCAAGUUCCGCUCACAAUACUACAACAAAUGCCGUCUAGUCGAGGAUCUGGAGGAGGAGGAUAAGCUCGCUUUUCAGGACCCCCAGAGUGAAGCUGCGCAGAGCCCCAAGGUCAAGGUACCUACCAUCAAGAUGUCUGAGCCCGAGGACGAGGAAGAGGAGCCCAUCGAUCUGGGCGACGAGACAUACCAGCCCGAUCAAGUCAAGAAGAUCCUCACACAUAUGCUCGACAACAUCAAACUCGGCGAGGUCAAAGUUCCCAUCCUGGGCACCUACCAGAAUUGCUCAACUGGUGCCGACAUCACUGAGUACAUCCAAAAGCACAUGGGUGCUACUACCGUCAGCUACGCUGAGCGCAUCGGUCAAGAUAUGGUUGCCCAUGGCUUCCUGCGCCUGGUUGGCAACGUUGGCAACACGUUCGCCAACAGCUCUAGAAUGAACUACCAGUGGAAAACCAAGGCUUUCCAGAUUACCGGAUUGCCUGAGAAGAAGCAACCCAUGGCACGCUCCUCCACUACCAUGUCGAACUCAUCGGUCGAUAGCAUUUCCGUCGAUACUCCUGUCGGAACUGUGCAAGAGUACCUACAGGGAUGGAACCCGCUCAACAACCAAUACCCAAAUGAAACACCGGCAGAGAGAUUGAGGCGAGAGGCUCGUGAAGCUGACGAGCGAUACAAGGCCUCGGUGAAGAAGCUCGACUCCUUGAGGUGUAAUUUGGAGGAGGCAAUGGUGGAUCAUCUCAAGUUCAUGGAGCGCUGCGAGCUGGACAGACUCAAGGCUAUCAAGGCGGUUAUCCUCGACUUCUCUGGAGCCGUCAGCAACGUCAUUCCUAGCUUGCAAAGCACUGUGGACAAGAUGAUGCUUUUCCAAGAAACGGUGCAGCCACUGGGUGAUUUGCGGUACAUGCUCGAGAACUACAGGACAGGCCCAUUUGUGCCAAAAGUCAUGACAUACGAGAACUACUAUAACUCCGUGGAUGAGCAAACCUUUGGUGUAGAUCUGGAGGCUCGCGCGCGCUCGGACAAGAAGCGUGUGCCAAUAAUCAUCACUACCAUACUCACUUUCUUGGACAACCACUACCCUGAUCUCGAGGGCGACGAGGCCCGUCGGGGUAUCUGGCUAGUCGACGUACCUUUGUCCCAAACUCACACUCUCAGAUCUGAGAUCAACACUGGCAAAAGAUUCCCCGACGAACUGCUUGAGAAGUAUGACGUGCCGAUUGUUGCUAGCGUCCUCAAGCUCUACCUCCUGGAACUUCCUGACUCAUUGGUUUCUUCCCAUGUUUACGAAAUUGUCAAGACCAUUUACAGCACUACUGCAACCGACGUCUCUGAAGAGACAAGGAUUUCUGUCAUUCAGUCAACUCUUGGCCAACUGCGUCUUGCCAACAUUGCUACACUGGAUGCUAUCUGCACACACUUUACCCGUCUUAUUGAGCUGACAUCGGCUGAUGAGACGUAUGUCACGGCACUAGCCAAUACGCUCGCGCCAUGCAUCCUUAGGCCCAAGCAAGAGUCAAGUUUGACUAUGAAUGAACGAUACAGUUACCGCCUGGUGCGCGAUCUGUUCGCACACAAGGAUGCGAUUUUCGGAGAGUUGAAGCGCGCAAGCACACUCACUCACUCAUCCUCUGGCGCUCAGCGCCCCCGUGCAAUCUCUACAGAUGAGAGUAACCGACGUGCAAACAUGGAGGAGCGGCAACGUGCCAUUGCUGCUCAGCGAUCACCACGGGCAACCUCACCAGCGCCUGGCUCGCGAGUAUCAGGAUCUCAUCGCCGAGACCGAAGCGCCACACGAUUCCCAGUCAAUACAUCGUCACCUACUGAUUCGCGAAAGGCCAAUGGAAACCGUGGAUCGCUUGAGGUGCCCGGAAGCGACGAUAGUUCUACCGGCGAAAUAGCUCCUGCUACUACAAACGGUGCCACUGAGGCUGCUCCUGUCGAGCACCCUGCGCCCUCAAGUACCAGGGUACCUUUUCCCCGGAAGACUGCUGGCAGCUUGACGAGAGGCAACAGGGAUUCAACCGGUAGCAUCAGGAGCGAAGACACAGCGCCUCGAGGCGUUACACUCGAGGACAAACCCAUGGACGACUAG